AUGGCCAAAGCUUUCGCGAAAGCUUUUGCCGCGGAGGCGAAACUUAAGGAGGUUGGCUUAGCCAUUGUGGCAGACGCCAGUGGCAAGUUGUUCAAGCCUGGAAAAUGCAGUUUGCGCGAUUUGGUGGCCAACCAGCAGGCCAUCUACGCAGUCUUUGCAGGUUCGAAGGGGCGCGCUCGCCUCAGUGCUUUUGCUAUCAAGGAUGGCCUUUUGUUGUUUAUGACAACGCAUAGAUUACACCCACCUGGCCUACGCGCAGAAGCUCAAUGCGUGCAAGAGUGGAGUCUUCGCCAAGCGUAUGCUUUGAAGAAAAUGGUCGGAAGGACGAGACGCCUAUUGCGGCGAUCCUCAGCUUCAAAGAUGAAAGCCCUCAACGAUCUUCGAGCCCGACUUGAGACGCUGCACCUCCCUUUCACGGAAAAAUCCACCAAGUCUGUUGAUGAAGAUGGGCUGGGUUCUUCUGACACUCUCUCCGAGCUAUCAACGCUAAGCCGGACCUCUUCGGGCACAUUCAGCCUGUGCAACACCAGCAUCAAGAACGAAGAUGACCGGGUUCGGCGUUUGGUUGAACAACUCCAAGCUUGGGAAGCAAUCAAAAAAAAGAACCCACCCAACGAGAACUCUCCACCCCCUUUAGCAGUGCAGGGGCCCACAGCGGGCACGUCUCCUAACCUUGCUCGUGCUAUUGCCUUUUUGAAGGGUAACGCCACUUGCCCAUCCACCAGCGCGAAAUCGUGCACAUCAGCAUCAUCCUGCCCUCCUUCGGACGCUGGCGCUCUGAACAAAUGCGCUUCCAGUAGUGUCGCCAACAAAGAAGGACAUGGUGGUGCGGGGGGUCAACUUCUUCCUUCCUUUGUUCUGGACACUUUGAAGGGCAGCUUCUUGGGCAAGGAGUCGCCGCCAUUUGCGCUGAGCCGGCAGUACUUGAAAAACCAGGGGGGUGAGGCAGCCGAGGCUGAAAAUGAUACAAGUGAACCGGGGGGGGACGAACCCGACAAAAGCGUGCCUUUAGCAAAGCGCAAGAAGCAACAACGCGUUGCUAAAAAGGCUUUGGGUGCAAAGAAGCCGCGCGCGAAGCAUGCUGCUCACGAAUACGCUUCCUCGCGAAAACAAUUCAUUGCAGAUUUAAGGCGUGGGGGCACCUCCUACAAAGAAGCCAAGAGCUUGUGG